GUGGAAGUUCCUUGCUCAAACUCUUGGAAGGUGGGGUCAAGCUACCUAAGUCCCCUGCGCCCCGCACGAAAAGCCUUGGCGUGCCAUGAUUUUCCGGUCGCACUUCCGGCAAAGAACCUACAAUGUACGGAUUCCUAUCGUUGUCCGAGUUUACACAUCAGCAGUUCUGAGCUUUUGAGACAUACAAAUUACCGUCGUACGCUCCCCCAAAGAUGUUGUACUACCCUGUUUGCCCCCCUUGAAGCACGCUUGUCAGACUUCUACUUGAAGCCACUUUUCGUGCGCAAUACUGCUUACAGUACGACCUGAAAAGCAUCAUGCCACUUCCUACACACUUUACUCUAAACACAGGAGCUAAGAUCCCUGCUGUUGGAUUUGGAACAUGGCAGGCCAAGCCUGGCGAGGUUGAGCGCGCUGUUGAGACAGCACUAAAAGCUGGUUAUCGUCACAUCGAUUGCGCAGCCAUCUACAGAAACGAGGUCGAGGUCGGUGAAGGCAUUCGCGCAAGCGGUGUUCCGCGGGAAGAUAUUUUCAUUACGGGAAAGCUCUGGAACACAAAGCACGCCCCAGAGAAUGUUAAAGCAGCUCUUGACAAGAGCCUGGAGGAUCUUGGAGUAGAUUAUCUCGACCUAUUCUUGAUGCACUGGCCUGUGGCAUUCAAUGGAAAGACUGGCAAAUGGUUUCCUCUUCGCGAGAACGGCGUUUUUGACCUUGUCAACAUCGACCCGGCUGAUACAUACAGAGCCAUGGAGAAUCUCCUUGACACUGGCAAGGUUCGCGCUAUCGGUGUCUCCAAUUUCACGAUAAACCGCCUUGAUGACCUACUGUCCAAAACCAGCGUCGUACCCGCUGUCAAUCAGAUUGAAGUACAUCCAUACUUACAGCAACCGUCCUUGUUCGACUACUGCAAGAGCAAGAACAUCCUCAUCGAAGCGUACUCCCCACUGGGGAACAAUCAGACCGGCGAACCACGCACUGUCGAUGAUUUGCUCGUAGGCGAAGUCGGCAAGCAGUUGGGUCUUGAUGGUGGGCAACUGCUCGCAAGUUGGGGGAUCCAGCAUGGACAUGUAGUCCUUCCCAAGAGCGUGACACCACACAGGAUUCAGAGUAAUUUGCAAGUGCAGGAAUUGCCCCGUGAUGCAUACGAGAAGCUUAGUGGACUGGAGCGUCACAAGAGGUUCAACCAACAAUCGCGAUGGGGAUUUGAUAUCUUUGAGGAGCUAGGACAAGCAAAGGUUACAAAGAUUGCGGAAGAUGCAGCAGUAGAGAACAAGGAGAAAUUCACGGUCUAAAUACAAGAAUGUUGAUACGUCUGUACACUACAUAUACUCAACUAGUGUUGGCCAACAGCUUCCCCU